GUGUGUGUGAAUUCGUUGGUCUUGAUUUAGCCGAAAUGAAAUGAAAAGCUCAGUCUGUCUGCGGCCGUUAGCUUUAUUUAUCGUUGUUUUUCCUUUUUUUUAUCUUUUUCGUUUUCUUUGUUAUCAGUUAAGCGUGCGUAGGAUUUGGAUUUAAGGGGAAAUGAAAGGUACUUGAACAGCCAAAAAGGACUCUUGUAUUCUGCUGGGCUCAUUUUGGGGAAAAUCAUUCUCCGUUCCGAUGAAAUAUAACACCGUGCUGGUUCGGAUGAUUUCAGGUUAUCAUCUUCUAUGCAUUAAAAUUAUUUUGCCUGCCAUCUUUGGAGUAGCAGACUGGGGUUUCAAACAAUACAUUAAAUACGAACCCGGAGAAAUGAACCUUAUCAUAACAGUCCCUCAUGGGGGUUCAUUGGACCCCACAACACAAAGUAAUGGUCGCAGAUGGCCAUACAGGAAAAACGGCUGUGAAGGAACCAAUGGUGAAUGUAUUUGGACACAUGGAUGUGGGUUAAAAUCUGCAAAGUGCAUUGCUUUAAUAAAGAGGGAUGAUUUUACCAUGCGCAUCGCUCGAGAUAUUGCCAAUGAAAUUAAAGCAAUAACAGGUUUUCGACCACACGUCGUGUACAACAUGAUGAGGAGAACCAAACUUGACGCUAACAGGGAGAUCGACGAAGCAACUUUCAAUAUCUCAGACGCAAUUACGGCCUAUCACGAUUACGCUUCUUUUAUCAACAAGGCCAGGUCGAGCAUCACUGGACGUGAGUUUAGGCGUGGAACUGGACGCGGCUUGCUGUUGGAUAUUCACGGCAGUGCUGAUCACGUACAAAGAACCGUGUUAGGCUACUUGGUUCAUGGGAAAUAUCUCGACAGGGGAGACUAUAGCAUGGACAUGUCCUCUAUCAGAAGCCUUGGUAAACACUGGUGUGGAACUGACAAUGUUUGUUUUAAGGAAUUUGUCCAGGGUAACAGAAGUCUUGGGUACUUUAUGAAUCAGCAGGGCUUACAUGCGAUACCCUCCCCGCAAAGUAAGAAAAGAAAAUCAGCCGUGAGAAUUUAUCUGUCUGGAGGUUACACUGUGGCAAAAUUUGGAUCCAGAGAUGGAGGAAAUGUUGAUGGAAUACAGUUGGAAUUUUCCAGAGCAUUACGAUCACGUUGGAAUAAUAGUGCAACGAACAAAGUAGUCAGAGCUAUUUUAAACUUUUAUAAGUUUAACUACUAGGGAGGGAGUUAGCCUGGGAACGAGGCUAAAGCUAUUCUAUUUUGAUUCGUCCGACGUCGUUCCCAGGCUUCUUUGGUAGAAGAGACGCUAGACUGAGGUCAAUUGUUCUCGAAUUCGUAGCUCUGUCGUAAUUUCGUCGGUAAUAGGUCGGCUUUUCGCUUUCUCGAGCGAAACACAGGGUAUGUAGGCAUAUUUUAGUCCAGAAAGGUCGAGUUUCAUACUAUCAGUAAUACCUAAGACUUCGGCUAAGUCAAACUUAUUCAGAAGUUUCUUUUUGUGAAAUUGACAUUAUUCAGCCGAGCACGAAAUUGUGCUAAAGUGCUCGAGGAUUUGGUGACAGUUGGUAGUUGAUUCCAUAUGUGGAAAAUCAGGUAUAAAUAGGACUUCUGCA